AUGGCCGGUACCAACGGACACCACUACUACGACCCACUGCACCGGCAAUGGAUAAUGAAAACAUUUAAAAGCAUGUUACCAACUUACGCCAACUGUGUGAGGGAUGGUGUCCUAAACAACGAGAUUCCAGUCAGUGAUAUCGUUAAGGGAGAUAUAGUGCACGUUCAGGCGGGUGAUAUCGUGCCGGCUGACAUACGUAUCAUCGAAAGCAAGGGAUUCAAAGUUGAUAACUCCUCGUUAACUGGCGAGUCCGUGGCUGUAGCUCGUAGUAAUACUGAAGGAAAUCCGAACAUACAUGAGUCGCUGAAUGUUGCUUUCUUUUCGACCCAAUGCGUUGAAGGGUGGGCGUUAGGUGUUGUAAUAUGCUGUGGUGACCUGACAGCUUUGGGUCGCGUAGCCGGACUGGCCGCGAGACUGACUCCGGCUCCCUCUCCUCUCUCUCGUGAGAUACGCCGCUUCAUGAGAUACAUGUCUAUUUGGGCCUUAGGACUUGGCUUGUUCAUUGCUAUAUCAACCAUGUUUCUUGGCUAUCCCUUUAUUCAAACUAUUAUAUUCGUUAUUGGAAUUGUUGUUGCUAACAUUCCUGAAGGCUUGCAACCAACAAUAACAGCGUCCCUGACAAUAACAGCCCAGCGCAUGGUAAAAAAGAACUGCUUGAUUAAGAACUUGGACGCUGUAGAGGCUUUAGGUGCCUGCACGGUUAUAUGUUCCGAUAAGACUGGUACUCUGACUGAGAAUAAGAUGGUCGUGCAUCAUAUCUGGACAUGGAACAAAGUACAUUCCGUAAUGGGCUCAGACUUUAAUACCUACAGCUAUUUAAAGAUUUGUGGAGCGUUAUGCAGUAACGCUGACGUCAAGAUUGGCGGUGGAAUUCGUGGAGACGCGUCUGAAAUCGCAAUUCUAAACUUUCUUUUCCAACAAAACGAUCCUCUUACUAUAAGGAAAAAUUAUCCAAAAAUCGCUGAAAUACCUUUUAAUUCAGCAAAUAAAUAUCAGGUCAGUGUUCAUUUUGAAGCUUCAGGAGCACGAUUUAUUGUGGUGAUGAAAGGAGCGCCGGAGAUUAUAUUCGCGCGAUGUCUCACUGUGGCCACCGAUACCAAAGACAUUAUUUUUACAGACGAUAUGAAACGAAUAGCAGACACUGUUAUUGAAAAUUUGGCAAAAACUGGUGAAAGAAUCAUGGCUUUUGCUGAUCUCAUCCUUAAUUCAAAACAAUUUCCUCUGAACUAUUCAUUUGACACCGAUGAUGUUAACUUCCCACUGGAGAACCUACGCCUACUUGGAAUUAUGGGACUUAUGGACCCACCUCGGGAGGAGGUGCGUUCUGCAAUAGCCCGUGCCCGUGAUGCUGGCAUACGUGUGAUGAUGAUUACCGGCGACCACCCGACCACAGCACGCGCUGUAGCUCUAAAAGUCGGGAUUGCCACAAGUGCAAAUUGUCAUGUUGUGACCGGUAACGAACUAAGAAACAUGACCCCAGAUUUAUUACACUGGACACUCGAUAAACAUUACGAAAUUGUGUUUGCUAGAACUUCUCCCACACAAAAACUUCAAAUAGUGGAAGCUUGUCAACGUGAAGGCGCAAUCGUGGCAGUAACUGGAGAUGGUGUUAACGAUGCUCCCGCGCUUAGACGAGCUGAUAUCGGCAUCUCCAUGGGCAUUACCGGGUCACAGGUGUCGAAACAAACUGCUGAUAUAAUUUUGAUGGACGAUAAUUUCGCGACCAUCAUCGUUGGUAUCGAAGAAGGGAGGAGGAUCUUUGACAACCUUAAAAAAUCUGUUUGCUACAUAUUAAUUUCUAAUGUGCCUGAAAUAGCUCCAGUGUUCAUGUUUAUCCUGUUUGCCAUCCCUUUACCAUUGGGCGUGAUGACAAUAUUGUGCGUAGACUUGGGCACAGACAUGUGGCCUGCUGUGGCGCUGUCAUAUGAACGCGCUGAAUCUGACGUCAUGACGCGACCUGCUCACGUCCGUGACCCUCUCGUCACGCCGCAAAUGUUAAGAUUAGUGUACUUGCACUUGGGCCUCAUAGAGUUUGCAGCCGGCAUGUAUGCUUAUUUCAUUGUAAUGGCAGAAUUUGGAUUCUACCCUAAUCAUCUCUUCGGGAUAAGGCAAAAGUGGGAUAAUGAGGCGGUCAGCGAUGUAACAGAUUCCUUGGGCCAAGAGUGGACGUACCUAGAACGCAAGGAGGUGGAGCAAGCGGCGCAGGCGGCUUAUUUCGUAGCCGUGGUACUCAUGCAGAUGAUCAAUGGCGUCAUUUGCAAGACCAGAUAUAACUCUUUGUUUCAUGUCGAUUUCAUUACCUAA